UUUUUUUGAUCGAAUGAUUGAAAUAUCAAAAGACGAUGACAAAAAGACCGCCUAAUAAACGAAAUCGCCUAAGUGACGAUAUAGAUUCUCGUUUAAUUCCCUAUAUUCAACAAAUUCAACAAGAAAACAAAGGUGGAGCAGUAUCUGUACAUACAAUUUUUCAGUAUGUCCAAAACGUCGAUUUUAGUUUUAAACGAAUGAAAAAGGCGCAAUUGGAGCGGAGCAUUGACAGAGCUCUAAAAUCAUUAAAGAAACAAGACAUUGAAGAACAAGUUGAAGCCUUAUCAUCAAAUAAGCCAGAAUUGAAUAAGGAAUUUAGAAGUGAAUUUGAUGAUUCUUCUGAUCUUGAUGAUUCAGAGGCAAUGGAAUUUGAACGACUUAAAAUUGAAGGUGUUAAGAUGAUGGAAAUCAAGGAUGCAAAUCUUAUGAAUCAAUCUAUUACAAAAAUAUGGUCCCAGCAUAAUCCACAGUCAACAGAGUCAUCACCUAAUCACACUUCAUCAGGCGAUUCCAAUUCAAAUACAAUAUCGUUAACAUCAAAGAGUUCAAUACCUAUUACUGAUAAAAAUCAAGAUGAAAAGGAGAAAUUUAAAAAUACGAGAAAAUCCAAAAUAAAAGUUUCGAAAAUAGAAUUCAAGAAUUUAAAAAGUAAAGAAGCCAGAAAUGAUUUAUCAUUGCCUUCGGCCAGAUUAUCAGAUUUAGGUGGUGUUGACGCCUGCAUUGAAGAAGUCUUGGAAUUGAUUGCCAUGCCUUUGGCUCAUCCAGAAAUUUAUUUACAUACUGGAGUACAACCACCAAGAGGAAUAUUGUUACAUGGACCUCCAGGUUGCGGGAAAACUUUGCUGGCGAAUGCUAUAGCUGGAGAAUUAGGUGUACCAUUCAUUAGUAUUUCUGCACCAUCCGUUGUUUCUGGAAUGUCAGGAGAAUCUGAGAAAAAGAUUCGCGAAAUGUUUGAGGAAGCCAAAGAAAAAGCGCCAUGUUUAAUAUUUAUAGAUGAAAUUGACGCAAUUACUCCAAAAAGAGAGACUGCUCAACGCGAAAUGGAAAGAAGAAUCGUUGCACAAUUGUUAACAUGCAUGGAUGAUUUAUCAUGGGAUAAGAUGAAUUACCAACCAAUAUUAAUAAUUGGCGCAACAAAUAGGCCAGAUUCACUUGAUCCAGCUUUAAGACGCGCAGGACGAUUUGACAGAGAAAUUAGUAUGGGAGUUCCUGAUGAGCAAGCGAGAGAAAAAAUUUUAAGAGUAAUUUCAUCAAAAUUAAGACUUUCUGGCGAUUUUGAUUACAAAGCUCUAGCAAAAUUGACACCUGGAUAUGUUGGCGCAGAUUUGAAUGCACUAACGACUGCAGCUGGUGUUAUUGCCGUGAAACGAAUAUUUACAAACUUGGGUAAAAAUCACAAAUUUAGUACCGAUAAUGAUGAAUCUAUUGAAAUGCAGAUUGAUAAUAGUGGUUCAUCCAUUUCAUUCGAGAAUCAAUCUCCAACGAAUAAAUUGAAAUCCAUAUCCGAUUUUUUCAGAAAUCAUCCAGAUCCACUUACAGCGGAAGAACUUGAACCUCUUAGUAUAACUAAUGAAGAUUUUUUACAGGCUCUUUCUAAAGUACAACCCUCUUCUAAACGUGAAGGAUUUGCUACAGUUCCGGAUGUUACUUGGGCUGAUGUUGGUGCGUUAGAAUUUGUAAGGGAUGAAUUAAGAAUGGCGAUUGUUGAACCAAUAAAACAUCCCGAACUAUUCAGUAGAGUUGGAAUAACAGCACCUGCGGGAGUAUUAUUAUGGGGCCCGCCAGGAUGUGGAAAGACACUUUUAGCCAAGGCAGUUGCUAAUGAAAGUCAUAUUAAUUUUAUAUCGGUCAAAGGACCUGAAUUGUUGAAUAAGUACGUUGGCGAGAGUGAACGUGGUGUACGUCAAGUCUUUGCACGAGCAAGAGCUUCAUCCCCAUGUGUCAUAUUUUUUGAUGAAUUAGACGCACUUUGUACACGACGUGACGAUUCUCAGUCCGAAGCUUCAGCUCGUGUUGUUAAUACUUUACUUACUGAAUUAGAUGGAUUAGAAAAUCGAAAGCAAGUGUAUGUAAUAGCAGCUACAAAUAGACCAGACAUGAUUGACUCAGCUAUGAUGAGACCUGGUCGUUUAGAUAAACUUUUAUAUGUAGAAUUACCUACAUCAUCUGAACGAUAUGAAAUUCUAAAGACAUUAACGAAGCGAACACCCUUAGGAAAUGAUGUUUCUUUAAUUAAAAUUGCUGAAGAUGAGAGAUGUACUGAUUUUAGUGGUGCGGAUUUGGCAUCUCUUAUUCGUGAAGCAGCUGUAUCUGCGUUAAGAACUACAUUAUAUUUAAAAAGUAAUAAUUUAUCAGUAACUGAAAAAAUGCCAGACAAUGAAUUAUUUGUAAACGCCAGUCAUUUUGAAAUGGCUUUUAAUAAGGUAUCUUCAAGUGUAUUGAAAUCAGACAAAAAAAGAUAUGAUUCUUUAAAAAUUAAACUUGGAUGUGCUGCUAUAGAUAAUAACAUUACCGGUAAAUUAAAUUAAAAUUUUUUUUGAAAAAGAAAUUUAUUGUAUAAUAUAAUGUUAUAACAUACUUGUAUUUGCAUUUUUUCUAAUCAAGAAAAUAUUUAAUAUUUAAUAAUAAUCAAGUAAAAAUUUAU